UUGACCGCGGCGUCUCUGUUUUCUGGACAGGUGGAAGCUCCGGUUUGACGAGCUGCCGUUGUUCUCAAUACAAAGACAGGCGGAGACGAGAAAGACCUGAAAUUCCCCCGAAUUAAAACAUGAACUUAUGUCGGAGACUAUAAAUAUUUUACAGAAAAUAAAAGCGGUAGUUUGAACGUUUUUUGUGAAAAAUGUCCGCAGGAGAAGAGAGAAAAUUGAAGAGAAACUGCGCAGUCAUAGUUUAAUGGGAGCGGUGACCUGAGCAGAUAUGCCAGCCGACGACAAGGUUGCCAUCCUGACAGAUGAUGAGGAGGAGCAGAAGAGGAAGUAUGUCCUCGCUGAGCCAUUCAACACCCUCUCCAUGGCCCAGCAAGAGGAUGUCACAGCGCCACCAGGACCCGGCUCUGACAUGGCACGUGAUCAGGUGGCAGCAGUGGCGGCCUCACAGCCAAAUUCCAUGGACUGCUGCGAGAGGACGUGCCUCCGCAUCAACAGCCACCUCCUCAUCUCCAAAGUCUUCUAUUUCUUUUUCUAUGCCGCCUACGGCUCGCUGCACCCCCUGCUGGCCGUGUAUUACAAGCAGCUCGGCAUGUCAGCCAGCCGCAGCGGGCUACUCGUCGGCAUCCGCUACUUCAUUGAAUUUUGCAGCGCCCCCUUCUGGGGUGUAGUGGCGGACCGUUUCAAGAAAGGAAAAGUUGUGCUGCUGUUUUCCGUUCUGUGCUGGUUAAUGUUCAACUGCGGCAUCGGGUUUGUCAAACCUGCGGAAAUGAUAUGUGAGGAAAAGGGAGCUUCUCUCUCCACGCCGCUUCCACCCGUGGUAACGGUCCAGCCUCAGGAUAAUGUAACACAACCAAGCAACUCCACCAACCACACCAGAAGUCGGCGAAACGUACUGGAGCUGCAUGUGGAGCAUUCCCACGUGCUCCACAGGCUAGAACGUAGUGUGGAUGCCAACAUAACCACAACAUACUCUCCAUUUAAUUUACUAAACACCACCCAGCUUGUACCAAACACCACUCUGCAGACCACCACCAGUUCUGCUCCAGCACCUGAGAAAAAGUACCAGAUCAUCUACAACAGGGACCAGGUGGAGUCCAUCUUCCUGCUCAUCCUGCUUGUCAUCAUCGUGGGCGAGUUCUUCAGCGCUCCCGCCGUCACCAUCGUGGACACGGUGACCCUGCAGUAUCUCGGUAAAGCCCGCGACCGCUACGGCCUGCAGAGGAUGUGGGGCUCUCUGGGUUGGGGUCUGGCAAUGCUGCUGGUGGGCAUCUGGAUUGACCACACUCAUAUCACCGUGGCGAUCGAAGGCACUGGUUGCGCUGUGCCCGAUUUUCGCCUUCACAACUACCAGCUCGCCUUCAUUGUCUUUGGUGUUCUGAUGGGUGUGGCGUUGAUUGUGGCCACUCAGUUUUACUUUGAGAAAGGCGGUGAAUACCAGCAGGAAGUUCCAGAGGUGGUGGAGGACUCGGCGAACACUGACAGGGAGUCAGUCACUUCAGAGCAGACCCCCAGCAACCCCAACACCACCCAGGAGUUCCACUACAGUGACCUCCUCAAGCUGUUGUGCAGCGUGCGCUACAGCUCCGUCCUCUUUGUCGCCUGGUUCAUGGGCUUUGGCUACGGCUUCGUCUUCAGCUUCCUGUACUGGCACUUGGAGGACCUGGGCGGGACCACCACGCUCUUUGGGGUCUGCUCCGUCCUCAGCCACAUCUCAGAGCUCGCUGCGUAUUUCACCAGCCACAAGUUCAUCGAGCUCGUGGGACACAUCAGAGUGCUGUACAUCGGGCUGGCCUGCAACACAGCUCGCUACCUGUACAUCUCCUACCUGGAGAACGCCUGGAUCGUCCUGCCCAUGGAGAUCCUUCAAGGUAACCCUUUCUCUGUCUGUGUCUGCAGGGAGUAUUAGGACUUCAGGACCCAGAGGACAGGG